AUGUGUAAUGUGCAAGGUCACAUCGCACCUAAUUGCCCACAAAAUUCAAAUAAGAUAUCAAUCGAGGAAGCUAAUGCAUUCUACACUUCUAACCCCAAAAGGUCAUAUGACCCCCACUCUAACACAUAUAAUGAAGGUUGGAAGAAUCACCCAAAAUUUUCCUACAAGAACACCCAAGCCCAACAAAACCCACCUCCACCACCACCUCGAAACAACAAUUAUAAUGCACCACCUGGUUUCCAACUAAGACCACCUCUAGUCCAACAACCCAUGCAACCUAUGCAACCACCUCCUCAAAAAUCUAACCUUGAGCUAAUGAUGGAGAACUUUAUCACCACAACAAACAAUUCCAUCCAACAGUUGGCCAAUCAGAUAAGUCAACUUGCUCAUCAAGUUGGCCAAUCUUUAAAGACACCGGGUACCUUUCCGGGUCAAACAGUGCAACCACAAAAGGGGCAUAUGAAUGCCGUGACCUUGAGGGGUGGAAAGCAAUUGGAAAAUCCUCCUAUAAGGGAGCCAUCAAAGGAGGUUGUUGAAGGAGUAGGCGCAAAUGAAAAGGUGGUCGAAAGUACUAUAAUUGAGGAAGAGCCAAAGGAAACGACUCCACCACCACUUGCUCCAUAUGUGCCAAAGGUUACUUUUCCACAGAGGUUAGCCCAAGCUAAGUUAGAGAUGAAGUAUGGAAAAUUUCUCGAUAUUUUGAAAAAGCUUCACAUCAACAUUCCAUUCAUAGAUGCAAUAUCCGAGAUGCCAUAUUAUGCAAAGUUUUUAAAAGAUAUGCUCUCUAACAAGAAGAAGCUAGAGGAGAAUGCUAUAGUUGCAUUGACUACAGAGUGUAGUGCAAUUUUGCAAAAUACACUUCCUAAGAAAUUAGGCGAUACGGGUAACUACUCAAUUCAAGUGAAGCUUGGAGACAUAGAAAUCAACAGAGAAUUAUAUGAUCUUGGUGCAAGUGUGAGUCUUAUGCCUCUCUUUAUCUGCAAGAAAUUUCAAAUGGGUGAACUAAAGCCUACACGUAUAUCUCUACAACUUGCGGAUCGAUCAGUCAAGUUUCCUUUUGGUGUACUUGAAGAUGUUCCUCUACACGUGGGAAAAUUCUUUAUUCCAUGUGAUUUUGUUGUGAUGGAAAUGGAGGAGGAUGCACAUGUUCCUAUCAUUCUUGGUAGACCAUUCUUAGCUACUGCAGGAGCAAUCAUUGAUAUGAAGAAUGGAAAGAUCACUUUUGAAGUAGGGGAUGAGAAAAUGGGGUAUUCACUCUUGAAUGCUAUGGGAACUCCUUCCAUGGGAGAGACUAUUUGUCAAGUGGAUGUCCUUGAUGAUUUACAACGUGAGCAACUUCCCUUGAUUAAAACGGAAGAUGCACUUGAAAUGGGUGUUAAUAGGGAGUGUCAAUGA